CAAGUAUUUGCUGAAAAUGGACCUAAGGGCAAUUACUCUCUUCCUGGCAUUACUAAGUGGUGCCAGUGGCCAGUACUAUGAUUAUGAUUCGCCCCUAUCAAUUUAUGGAAUGUCAUCACCCAACUGCGCACCGGAGUGUAACUGCCCUGAGAGCUAUCCCACUGCCAUGUACUGCGAUGAGCUCAAGUUGAAAAGCGUGCCAAUGGUGCCUCCUGGCAUCAAAUACCUUUACCUUAGGAAUAACCAGAUUGACCAUAUUGAUGAAAAGGCCUUUGAGAAUGUAACUGAUUUGCAGUGGCUCAUUCUAGAUCACAAUCUUCUAGAGAACUCCAAAAUAAAGGGAAAGGUGUUCUCUAAACUGAAACAACUGAAGAAGUUGCACAUCAACCACAACAAUUUGACAGAGUCUGUGGGGCCACUUCCCAAGUCUCUUCUUGAUCUGCAGCUUACUCAUAACAAGAUCACAAAGCUCGGUUCCUUUGAUGGACUGCUAAACUUAACCUUUGUGCAUCUCCAACACAAUCAGUUGAAAGAAGAUGCUGUCUCAGCUGCUUUUAAAGGUCUUAAAUCCCUUGAGUACCUUGACUUGAGCUUCAACCAGAUAUCCAAACUGCCUGCGGGGCUUCCAGCGUCUCUUCUAACACUCUACCUAGACAACAACAAGAUCAGUGACAUCCCUGAUGAAUAUUUCAAGCGUUUUAGCAGCCUGCAAUAUCUACGUUUAUCUCACAACGAACUGGCUGAUAGUGGAAUACCAGGAAAUUCUUUCAAUAUAUCAUCUCUGCUUGAGCUUGAUCUCUCCUAUAAUAAGCUUAAAAACAUACCAACUGUUAAUGAAAAUCUUGAAAACUAUUACCUGGAGGUCAAUGAACUUGAAAAGUUUGAAGUGAAGAGCUUCUGUAAGAACCUAGGGCCACUAUCCUACUCCAAGAUCAAGCACCUGCGCUUGGAUGGCAAUCGCCUUAGCCAAACAAGUCUGCCACCAGACAUGUACGAAUGCCUACGGGUUGCCAACGAAAUCACUGUCAACUGACACCUGCCAGUCCAACUGUGCUCAGAUGUAUCGUGGAGCAGUAGUCUAAGACUAGGAUUUUUGUGUAUCCAUUUUAAUUGCUGUUUAUUUCUUCCAUAAAUUUUAGGUUUUGAGGGAAAUGUUUUGUAAACAUUGACCACAUUUUUUUAAUGAAAGAUGAAAAGCAGGCCUAUUUCAUCAUAAGAAGAAACACACACACACACACAUAGACACAAGAUGAAACUAAUGGUGUAUUUGUAAAUUUAGUGUUUUCUAUGUCUACUGUCAAGAAAUAUAUAAAGCCAUUUACUGAUUGCAGGGAAGUCAGCCAAGUUUUCACAUCCUCAAAUCCUAAUGUGUCAACCAACAUGAGCUACUUACUUACACAUACCUGUUUACUGACUUGGACAAAAUUGUAUCAAUAUACUCAAAUUUUUACUUGCUUGAAAAAUCAGUAGGAUAAAAGGGGUUUCAACAUUUUAAUGGAAAAUUCAUGUUAUCUUUAGUUCAGUUCCUGCACACACUUUCGUGGUUCUUAUUAUUAUGAGAUCAUUAAUUUUGCAAAAUACUAAACAAAAUUGAAAAAGAAUUAUCUUUAGUAUUAGGAAUCUACAUUCUUAUCUAGUGGAACUUUUUUAGAAUUAACUGUCACUGUCAUUCAUAUACACGUUUCUUUUUGAAUAUUUACCUGUGAUGUUUAACAAGUUAAUAGCAAAAUAAAACAUAGCAAAUGGCA